CUCGCCAGUCUGGGCCGAGUCGCCUAGCCAGAGUCGCGUGGUGCGGAGGAGAAGGGAGGGCAUCUAGUCCUGUUCUUGGCUCCCGGGGGACCCACUAAGGAGAUCCCGGCUGCUGCCCCCUCCCCCGCCCUUGCUUCCUACCCACCCUCCCCAUCGCCCGCGCUCGCCCAGCCCGCGAGGAGGAAACGCGAGCGAGCCGCGCGCAGAUACCUCCUCCUCCUCCUCCUUAGCUGCUGUCGCCGCCGCCGGCCACACCGCGGUGCCUGUUGCUGCAAGCCACCUCGGACCCGUCUUCUCUUCAACCUGUAAGAGAAGUGGAGAUUGUGGAGCGGUCCCCACCCCAGCAGCGUGGGGCGGCAAGAGCGCAGCCAGCUGAGGACCAUGGACGCCCCGCCCGCCCAGGCCAUCUUCUGGGUGCCCGGGAGUACCUGCGCAUCCCAGCUCAGCCCUGAGUUCUGAGCGUGCCACCUCACUGGAUUCUGCCCUCAGAAGCAUGUGAAAUAGAUUACUUCAUUUAAAGUAGGAAAAUUGUAGCACGCUUGCUUUCCUGGCUCUCUAGAUCUCUCCCAGGAUGGAGGCAAUCACGUUCACCGCGAGGAAGCAUCCGUUCCCUAACGAGGUCUCCGUGGACUUCGGCUUGCAGCUGGUGGGCUCUUUACCCGUGCAUUCUCUCACCACUAUGCCCAUGCUGCCGUGGGUGGUAGCCGAGGUACGAAGACUCAGUGGCCAGUGCUCCAAAAAGGAGCCUGGGACGAAGCAAGUCCGCCUUUGGGUUUCGCCCUCUGGACUGCGGUGCGAACCUGACCUGAAGAAAAGUCAACAGUGGGACCCGCUGAUCUGUUCCAGCAUCUUUGAGUGCAAGCCUCAGCGUGUUCACAAACUGAUUCACAACAGUCACGAUCCGAGCUACUUUGCUUGUCUCAUUAAGGAGGAUGCUGCCCACCGGCAGAGCCUCUGCUAUGUGUUUAAAGCGGACGACCAAACAAAAGUGCCUGAGAUCAUCAGCUCCAUCCGGCAGGCGGGGAAGAUUGCCCGCCAGGAAGAGCUUCGUUGCCCCUCUGAGUUCGAUGACACCUUCGCCAAAAAGUUCGAGGUGCUCUUCUGUGGCCGGGUUACUGUGGCCCACAAGAAGGCACCACCUGCACUGAUUGAUGAGUGUAUUGAGAAGUUCAACCAUGUGAGCUGCGGUCGCAGAACAGACUGGGAAGCGCCAACUGGGCAGCCAUCAGCGCCUGGUCCCCGGCCAAUGCGCAAAUCCUUCUCGCAGCCUGGACUACGCUCACUGGCCUUCAGGAAAGAGUUCCAGGACGCUAGCCUCCGCAGUAGCACGUUUAGCUCCUUUGACAAUGACAUCGAGAACCACCUAAUCGGUGGGCACAGUGUGGUUCAGCCCACAGACAUGGAGGAGAACCGUACUAUGCUCUUCACGAUUGGCCAAUCUGAAGUUUACCUCAUCAGUCCUGACACCAAAAAGAUUGCACUGGAGAAAAAUUUUAAGGAGAUAUCCUUUUGCUCUCAGGGCAUCAGGCAUGUGGACCACUUUGGAUUUAUCUGCCGAGAGUGCUCGGGUGGCGGCAGCGGUGGCUUUCAUUUUGUCUGUUACGUGUUCCAGUGCACAAAUGAAGCUCUGGUUGAUGAGAUCAUGAUGACUCUGAAGCAGGCUUUCACGGUAGCUGCGGUGCAACAGACUGCUAAGGCACCAGCCCAGCUGUGCGAGGGCUGCCCCUUGCAGGGCCUGCACAAGCUCUGCGAGAGGAUAGAGGGAAUGAACUCCUCUAAAACCAAAUUAGAACUCCAGAAGCACUUGACCACACUGACCAAUCAGGAACAGGCAACGAUAUUCGAGGAAGUUCAGAAAUUGAGACCAAGAAACGAGCAGCGAGAGAAUGAAUUAAUUAUUUCUUUUCUGAGGUGCUUAUAUGAAGAGAAGCAAAAGGAGCACAGCCACACUGGGGAGCCAAAGCAGACACUGCAGGUGGCAGCAGAGAAUAUUGGGAGUGAACUGCCACCCAGUGCUAGCCGGUUCAGGUUAGAUUCACUGAAGAACAGAGCAAAAAGAUCCUUAACAGAGUCCCUGGAGAGCAUUCUGUCCAGGGGUAAUAAAGCCAGGGGCCUGCAGGACCAUUCCGCCAGUGUGGAUCUGGACAGCUCCACUUCUAGUACACUAAGUAACACCAGCAAAGAGCUGUCCAUGGGUGACAAGGAGGCCUUCCCCAUCUCUGAAAGCUCCUUCAAGCUCCUUGGCUCCUCAGAUGACCUGUCCAGUGACUCAGAGAGCCACAUUGCAGAAGAGUCUGCUCUGUUGUCACCCCAGCAGGCAUUCAGGAGGAGAGCCAACACCCUGAGUCAUUUCCCAGUAGAGUGCCCUGCACCUCCAGAACCUGCCCAGAGCUCUCCAGGGGUCUCUCAACGGAAACUCAUGCGGUAUCACUCUGUGAGCACAGAGACGCCUCAUGAACGCAAUGUGGACCAUCUUCCUGGGGGCGAGUCUCAGUGCUGCCCAGGGCAGCCUUCAGCUCCGCCUCCACCUCGUCUUAACCCCUCUGCCUCCUCACCAAACUUUUUUAAGUACCUAAAACACAAUUCCAGUGGAGAACAAAGUGGGAAUGCUGUGCCAAAAAGUGUCUCCUACCGUAAUGCCCUGCGGAAAAAACUCCAUUCUUCCUCCUCUGUGCCAAACUUUCUAAAAUUUCUGGCUCCUGUAGAUGAAAAUAACACCUGUGACUUUAAGAACACGAACAGGGACUUUGAAUCCAAAGCAAACCACCUGGGUGACGCAGAUGGGACCCCCGUGAAGACCCGGCGGCAUUCCUGGAGACAGCAGAUAUUCCUCCGAGUGGCCACUCCACAGAAGGCCUGUGAUUCCCCAAGCAGAUAUGAAGAUUAUUCGGAGCUGGGAGAGCUCCCUCCGCGCUCCCCUUUAGAACCAGUGUGCGAGGACGGACCAUUUGGCCCAGUACAGGAAGAAAAGAGGAGGACAUCGCGCGAGCUUCGAGAGCUGUGGAAAAAGGCCAUCUUGCAGCAGAUCCUGCUGCUCAGGAUGGAGAAGGAGAAUCAGAAACUACAAGCCUCUGAGAAUGAUUUGCUGAACAAACGCCUCAAGCUUGAUUAUGAAGAAAUCACUCCUUGUCUUAAAGAAGUCACUACAGUGUGGGAAAAAAUGCUUAGCACUCCGGGAAGAUCCAAAAUUAAGUUUGACAUGGAAAAAGUGCACUCAGCUGUUGGGCAAGGUGUGCCACGUCAUCACCGGGGUGAGAUCUGGAAAUUUCUAGCUGAGCAGUUCCACCUUAAACAUCCAUUUCCCAGUAAACAACAGCCAAAGGAUGUACCCUACAAAGAGCUCUUGAAGAAGCUGACCUCCCAGCAGCAUGCCAUUCUCAUCGACCUCGGACGAACCUUUCCAACACAUCCGUACUUCUCCGCCCAGCUUGGAGCAGGUCAGCUCUCACUUUACAACAUUCUGAAGGCCUACUCACUUCUGGAUCAGGAAGUUGGAUACUGCCAAGGUCUCAGCUUUGUGGCAGGCAUUCUGCUUCUUCAUAUGAGUGAGGAAGAAGCAUUCAAGAUGCUCAAGUUCCUGAUGUUUGACAUGGGGCUGCGGAAACAGUAUCGGCCAGACAUGAUUAUCUUACAGAUCCAGAUGUACCAGCUGUCACGGCUCCUCCAUGACUACCACAGAGACCUCUAUAACCACCUGGAAGAGCACGAGAUUGGCCCCAGCCUGUACGCAGCUCCCUGGUUUCUCACCGUGUUCGCCUCACAGUUCCCACUUGGCUUUGUAGCCAGAGUCUUUGAUAUGAUCUUCCUUCAGGGAUCAGAGGUCAUAUUUAAAGUAGCUUUAAGUCUUUUGGGGAGCCAUAAGCCCUUGAUUCUGCAGCAUGAGAACCUGGAAACUAUAGUGGACUUCAUAAAGAACACACUCCCCAACCUGGGCUUGGUGCAGAUGGAGAAGACCAUCAGUCAGGUGUUUGAGAUGGACAUCGCCAAACAACUCCAGGCCUAUGAGGUUGAGUACCAUGUGCUCCAAGAAGAACUUAUUGACUCCUCUCCUCUCAGUGACAACCAAAGAAUGGAUAAAUUGGAGAAAACCAACAGCAGCUUGCGCAAACAGAACCUUGACCUCCUGGAACAGUUGCAGGUGGCAAAUGCUAGGAUCCAAAGCCUUGAAGCCACGGUGGAGAAGCUUCUUAGCAGCGAGAGUAAGCUGAAGCAGGCUGCGCUGACCCUGGAGGUGGAGCGCUCCGCCCUGCUGCAGAUGGUGGAGGAGCUGCGGAGGCAAAGCGCCCCGCCCAGCAUUCCGGAGCCAGACUCCACCCAGCUGGAACCCACGGGUGACUGACAGCUGCCAGGAGAGACUCUGCACCACUAACACUGUCCAGGCCUUAAUCAAGAGAGAAGGAAGUCAGAGACAGAGAAGAGAGAACUUCUCAGGGAGGAAAUUGACUGACCAGCCUGCAGAUUCCAUUGAGCUCAGAUUUGGAAUUGGAGGACAAAAAAAGACUCAGAGUUGUUGUUGGGUUUGGUUCUAAUUCAUCCCCUUUCCAGUCCUGGUGGUUGUAGCUUUAGAUGGCAUGGACAUGAAUAAAUUACAUUUAUGGUUCCUCCUCCUGCAGAGACACAUUGUGUGGAAAGAGCAUUCAUGACAGCAGUGUUUCAGAAGCAAGAAGGGCUUGAAAUAAUUCCUCAGGCAAAAGUGUGACCCUUGGUCAGUCUGCAAGAAAGGUUCCUGGGACCAUGCUCUUGAUGUCACCAUGAGGUGCAGUGGGCCCUUGUCCAUUUCUAUUAUGGAACCUGAGGUCACCAUGGGGGGAAGGAAGAAAGGGGUUUAUUUAAGUCAGACAUAUUGGUCAUUCCUUGACUCCACAGUCACUCCCAUUGGUACUGAAGAAGCUCAUCUUUUACAAACACAGUGUUUUACUAUGUUUUUGCUUACCCUUUCAAGUCACAGUAGGUAAAUGUUUCAUAAGGAAAUCACAGUUUUUAGAUUCCCUGUUAUUACUAGUGUGCGACCUGCAGCUAUGGGGUCUUGACCUAUUUAUUUCUUUGUGAUUGUUUCAUACCCACAGUAUAGGGUCACAUAUUUAUUUCUGUCUGUUGAUAAUUGAUGUACCUACCACAGCCAUGUCUUCCUUUGAGCCUCGACCCCUUUGGGAAUCUGAUUCCUCAUGGAAAGAAAAAACCUAUCAAGACUCCAAGGGGCUCCUACGAUUCUGAAACAUUGCAAAAGAAAACAGACUGCAAUCAGAUGGAUGGCAGCUGACAGAGGCAGGAAGUGUGUUUUGAAAAGCACUCAAACACACGCGCUCCCUCCUUGGGAUGGCAAGGACCCUGUGCCUUCAAGCAGAGUGCAGCUCACAGUCACCCUGCUUCUAGCUGGUCCUGUGUAGAGCGUCACCCAUGUGUGCAACAAGCUUUUUUUUUUUUUUUAACAUAUAAACAAAGGCUUAGGGAAGACCCACCAGCACAUGGGGCCUCCGGGAUAUUGGAACUGGUCCUACCUUGUGCAGUCCUGGCCCUCCUGUUCAUGGAGGGCUGCUGCAGCUCUCUUGGUAGGAAAGGAGUCUGUAAGUCUGGGGUGUAAGGACUCCAACCCACUGUUGGGGUCAUUCGGGAUCUCCUAGCCCUUUCAAAGAGACACCGAAUGGCCAGGAGGGAUGUAAGACUUCCGCAUGGUCUUGGGUCAGAGGAGAGUUCUCUCCAUAAACCGACACGACCAGUCCCAGGUGGUUCGAGCAGGCGUAGUCAGAGGAAGGUAACAGCGGACAGCUCCUUUCCACAUUGUAUUUUGUUAUUGAAUGUUUUAAUGUUGAGUUUUGGAUACGUUAUGCCGUUCAGAAACACUGACUCUACAGUAAGAAAAGAGCAAUAAAACAGAUAAUUCACA